AUGGCAGAACGGGUGGGCCGAGCGGCUCUCUAUUGGAAAAAUCUUUACCAUCAUUUUAUGAAGAAAUACCCGGAACAAACGAUUGUCGCCUCUUUGACUAUGCCUCUCAGUAUCGGCAUCGCUAUCUACAAAAUUAAAUGGUACAACGAGGCUGGGGAUAAACCGUAUUAUCGAGGCUACUACGAUGUCUACCGGCCGAACGAUCCACUUGUUUCUUAUUGGAGAAAAUCCGAAGAAUACCCAGCACCAUAUCUCCUUCAAGAUCUUCAAUAUGCGAGCGGUGUGCAAAGAGAC